AUGGCGGUGCGUUGUCAGUUCGAAAACUCGUCCGAGAUUGGCGUCUUUGCACGCCUGACCAACGCAUACUGUCUCGUCGCCAUCGGUGGCAGUGCCAACUUCUACUCCACCUUCGAGGCCGAGCUCGCCGACGUCAUCCCGGUCGUACACUGCUCCAUUGCCGGUACACGUCUGGUGGGUCGUCUUACCGUCGGUAACCGUCACGGGUUGCUGGUGCCUUCGACUACGACGGAUCAGGAGCUGCAGCACUUGAGAAACUCUCUCCCGGAGUCGGUGGCCAUCCAGCGCGUCGAGGAGCGUCUGUCGGCACUCGGCAACGUCAUCGCCUGCAACGAUUACGUCGCACUAGUCCAUCCGGACCUCGACCGCGAAACCGAGGAGAUCAUCGCCGACGUGCUCAAGGUCGAAGUCUUCCGCCAAACCGUCGGCGACAACGUCCUCGUCGGCUCCUACUCGGCCAUCUCAAAUCAGGGCGCCCUCACGCAUCCACGAACCUCGCUUCAGGAUCAAGACGAACUCUCCUCCCUCCUCCAAGUGCCCCUGGUCGCAGGUACGGUCAACCGUGGUUCCGACUUGAUCGGCGCCGGUCUCGUCGUCAACGACUUUGCCGCCUUUUGCGGUACCGACGCCACCGCAACAGAGAUCAGCGUCAUCGAGUCCGUAUUCCGCCUCACCGGCGCAGGCAACGGCCAGGACACCGUCAACGAAUUGCGCGACGCCCUCGUCGACACCUACGCCUAG